GCACUCUGGUGUUCUACGUCCUCCGGUCCUCAUUAUCCCAGUCGCGGGGAUGGACUUGUAUGUGCCUUUUGUACCGCCCCAGGGGUUCGUGCCUCAUAGUACAGGGUUUGACCCGGAUCUUCACAGUUCCCCUUCUGUCCGUCCUACCUUUAAAAUUCGUGUUGGUGUUUCUGGGGGGAUUGACUACGAAGGUUUACAGCGGCAUAUCCACGGGCUGGGAGGUGACAGUUUGAGUCAUCGUAUUGGAAGCUCUUCGAUUGCACAUGCAUUGCCAUCUAUGGCAGUGUUACACGGAAACGAGGUGCAUCGGUCAUAUCCGGUUGAAUUGAACCCGCAGUUGCAUGCACAGCGUCAGCGCGAGCAACAGUAUUCACUGUCGUUGGGUUUGCACCCUUCAAUUCACCGUCCGCCACUGCAGGAUGUUAUACAUCCUCCAUACUUCGCAUCGCAGAGCACGACUGGCAGCAUCACGAUACCUCAUCCCCAUCCACACAACUUGGAUGGGUCAUUGCUUCCUAUAACAGUGGCUGGUGUGCGGGGUGUUCAAUGUUUGUUGCCAACAUGUGAAUUUCGGCAGCCCCCCACAACGUUCGUGCAUUCACAUCACGCAGUUUCCCAACCUUCACCGUCGCACUGUGCACGCAUAGAUUCCCUGUCUGCAAUGUAUGGUCAACCCUGCGGACCCUCAUUGGGAGUGAACGUACCUUUCUGCCAUCCAGAAGGCGUGCCAUCUAUUGUCGCAGCUGGGGCGAUUGAUAAUUGUCCCUCACAGGUUCCGAGCAAAGCGGUGCAAGUGGGAGUUCCUGAUAGGACGGGAAAGGGGUCAGCUUAUCCGCAAUGCGCAGAUGCUUUCAUCGUCGGUCCUGGCAAUAACGCUAUCGCGGGAGCUGGUCUUUGCACAUCAGCGGUGGCAACAAUGCCAGGCGGUUUCACAUCAUCGCAACCAUCACAUUCUAAAUCACGUCCUAAAUCAGAUGGGCGCAUACGGAGAGGAAAGGAUUCCAUUCCUGCUGGACGGCCUCCGAACAGAGAAAAUGAAACUACUGCUGCCAUCGAAGAUCUUAAUGCUCCUCGGGAAGGCCAGGAUGUUUCACAUAGUGCAUCUGUGGGGGCCGGGGAAGGUGGUGGGCAGGCAGAUCCAGGCAUUGGUGGGGAUAUUGGGUUGGAUGCUGUUGCUUCUCAAGAUGAAUGUAAUGUGCGUGGCGGUGGACGUGGGAGUGAUACUCAUGUAGGUGGUGAUGUGGGAGGGUCGGGUGACGGCAUUGCCCGACGCAGUUCUCAUGUCGGUAUGCCUGAUGACGGUGUUGGUGUAGUGGGGAAAGGUGGGGCCAAGCAUCUGGUGGGAAGUGACAAAGUUGCGAAGACGCAGGUAAAAACUCCGAAAUGGAAAGAUGAUGAGACAGUUCUACUCGUUACACUGAGGUGUGAGUUCAAGGUGCCACCUGGAGAGUCUGUACAUUAUCAGCCACAGGACCUCCUCCGUGCAAGCACGGAUUCGAACCGGCGCCCUCAGCGUCAAGAGCCGAGUCUCUUAUCCACUACAGCCAUGACACGGUGUACACAAGUGGAUCCAUGCCGGUCGUGAUAUCCACCCCACCCCUGCAUGGCUGUAGUGUCCUUCAACUCACACACACGCACACACAACACCACACAAGGCAUCCGCCACAUAGGCAGUAGUCGCACACUCCACUCUCAUCCAGCACAACUGCUUAUCCAACGGUUUUAUCCACGGGCCACCACAUCCAAGUAUGAUUUCUGGGCUGGUUACCCGGUUGAAGUACAGUCUGUACAUUAUCAGCCACAUGACCUCCUCCGUGCAAGCACGGAUUCGAACCGGCGCCCUCAGCCUCAAGAGCCGA